AUGUCGGCCACCGAUGCGACAGUUAUAAUGACUUCGCGUAACCUUUUCGACGCCUCCUUCUCGAUGGACGUCUUCGGAGACCAUAUAUUUUGGUCUAAUUAUGAGAAUAACGCCAUUCAUGUAACCCAUAGGAAGGGCCUGAACCGCACCGAUAGGAUAAUUCUGGUGAACGCCUAUACGGACAUUGAGGGCAUCAAAGUGUUGGACAGAACUCGACAGACAAACGGCACGAAUCGGUGUUUGGGCGCCAAAUGCACGCAUAUAUGCCUUCCCACGAAACUGGACUACCGGUGCGUUUGCUCGAAGAAUACUAAUCUUUACGCUGAUAUUUGCACGGAUGAGACGCCAACUUCGAGACCAGAGGUGACCACAACCACCACUACAACUGUGCCAUCGAUUGGGAAUACGGAUCCCAUUCAUAGUCAGAUCGUUGACCACAGUAUUCACUCGAAUAUGGCAAAC